AUGGGAAGGCUAACCUCUACCCUGGGUGAGUGUGCCACAGACGUGAUGGAAAGGCUAACCUCUACCUUGGGUGAGUGUGCCACAGACGUGAUGGGAAGGCUAACCCCUACCCUGGGUGAGUGUGCAACAGACGUGAUGGGAAGGCUAACCUCUACCCUGGGUGAGUGUGCCACAGACGUGAUGGGAAGGCUAACCCCUACCCUGGGUGAGUGUGCCACAGACGUGAUGGGAAGGCUAACCCCUACCCUGGGUGAGUGUGCCACAGACGUGAUGGGAAGGCUAACCUCUACCUUGGGUGAGUGUGCCACAGACGUGAUGGGAAGGCUAACCUCUACCCUGGGUGAGUGUGCCACAGACGUGAUGGGAAGGCUAACCUCUACCUUGGGUGAGUGUGCCACAGACGUGAUGGGAAGGCUAACCCCUACCCUGGGUGAGUGUGCAACAGACGUGAUGGGAAGGCUAACCUCUACCCUGGGUGAGUGUGCCACAGACGUGAUGGGAAGGCUAACCUCUACCCUGGGUGAGUGUGCCACAGACGUGAUGGGAAGGCUAACCUCUACCCUGGGUGAGUGUGCCACAGACGUGAAGGGAAGGCUAACCCCUACCCUGGGUGAGUGUGCCACAGACGUGAUGGGAAGGCUAACCCCUACCCUGGGUGAGUGUGCCGCAGACGUGAUGGGAAGGCUAACCUCUACCCUGGGUGAGUGUGCCACAGACGUGAUGGGAAGGCUGACCUCUACCCUGGGUGAGUGUGCCACAGACGUGAAGGGAAGGCUAACCCCUACCCUGGGUGAGUGUGCCACAGACGUGAUGGGAAGGCUAACCUUUACCCUGGGUGAGUGUGCCACAGACGUGAUGGGAAGGCUAACCUCUACCCUGGGUGAGUGUGCCACAGACGUGAUGGGAAGGCUAACCUCUACCCUGGGUGAGUGUGCCACAGACGUGAUGGGAAGGCUAACCUCUACCUUGGGUGAGUGUGCCACAGACAUGAUGGGAAGGUUAACCCCUACCCUGGGUGAGUGUGCAACAGACGUGAUGGGAAGGCUAACCUCUACCCUGGGUGAGUGUGCCACAGACGUGAUGGGAAGGCUAACCUCUAUCUUGGGUGAGUGUGCCACAGACGUGAUGGGAAGGCUAACCUCUACCCUGGGUGAGUGUGCCACAGACGUGAUGGGAAGGCUAACCUCUACCUUGGGUGAGUGUGCCACAGACGUGAUGGGAAGGCUAACCCCUACCCUGGGUGAGUGUGCAACAGACGUGAUGGGAAGGCUAACCUCUACCCUGGGUGAGUGUGCCACAGACGUGAUGGGAAGGCUAACCUCUACCCUGGGUGAGUGUGCCACAGACGUGAUGGGAAGGCUAACCUCUACCCUGGGUGAGUGUGCCACAGACGUGAUGGGAAGGCUAACCUUUACCCUGGGUGAGUGUGCCACAGACGUGAUGGGAAGGCUAACCUCUACCCUGGGUGAGUGUGCCACAGACGUGAUGGGAAGGCUAACCUCUACCCUGGGUGAGUGUGCCACAGACGUGAUGGGAAGGCUAACCUCUACCUUGGGUGAGUGUGCCACAGACGUGAUGGGAAGGCUAACCCCUACCCUGGGUGAGUGUGCAACAGACGUGAUGGGAAGGCUAACCUCUACCCUGGGUGAGUGUGCCACAGACGUGAUGGGAAGGCUAACCCCUACCCUGGGUGAGUGUGCCACAGACGUGAUGGGAAGGCUAACCUCUACCUUGGGUGAGUGUGCCACAGACGUGAUGGGAAGGCUAACCUCUACCCUGGGUGAGUGUGCCACAGACGUGAUGGGAAGGCUAACCUCUACCCUGGGUGAGUGUGCCACAGACGUGAUGGGAAGGCUAACCUCUACCUUGGGUGAGUGUGCCACAGACGUGAUGGGAAGGCUAACCCCUACCCUGGGUGAGUGUGCAACAGACGUGAUGGGAAGGCUAACCUCUACCCUGGGUGAGUGUGCCACAGACGUGAUGGGAAGGCUAACCUCUACCCUGGGUGAGUGUGCCACAGACGUGAUGGGAAGGCUAACCUCUACCCUGGGUGAGUGUGCCACAGACGUGAUGGGAAGGCUAACCUCUACCCUGGGUGAAUGUGCCACAGACGUGAUGGGAAGGCUAACCUCUACACUGGGUGAGUGUGCCACAGACGUGAAGGGAAGGCUAACCCCUACCCUGGGUGAGUGUGCCACAGACGUGAUGGGAAGGCUAACCCCUACCCUGGGUGAGUGUGCCGCAGACGUGAUGGGAAGGCUAACCUCUACCCUGGGUGAGUGUGCCACAGACGUGAUGGGAAGGCUGACCUCUACCCUGGGUGAGUGUGCCACAGACGUGAAGGGAAGGCUAACCUCUACCCUGGGUGAGUGUGCCACAGACGUGAUGGGAAGGCUAACCUCUACCCUGG